AUGGGAGAGACAACCUACUCUACCGAUCCUGAAUGGGCUGAUGUUACUCCCAUCGAGUUGGAUGAUGGCUCCAACUCCAGCGUCAUGCCGCUGGCUUCCAUCGCCUACCCACCCGAGUACCUCGAGGCAACAUCGUAUCUGCGUGCCGUGAUGGCUGCAAACGAGAUGUCUGAGCGAGCCUUGAAGUUGACCGAGGCUGUCAUUUCAAUGAACCCUGCCCAUUACACUGUAUGGAUCUACCGAGCCAAGAUCCUGUUCGCACUGAAUAAGGAUCUAAAUGAAGAAUUGGACUGGCUGAAUGAUGUUUCGCUGAAAUAUCUGAAAAACUAUCAAAUCUGGCACCACCGCCAAGUCCUCCUCUCCUCAAAACCCCACUUCCCAACAAUCCCCGCAAAGGAAACAACCUUCCUAAUGGAGAUGUUCGCCCAAGACUCCAAAAACUACCACGUCUGGACCUACCGCCACUGGCUCGUCCGCCACUUCAAGCUCUGGGACUCACCCCAAGAACUCCAAGACGUAGAAUACCUGCUAAAAGCCGACAUCCGCAACAACUCCGCCUGGAACCACCGCUACAUGCUCCGCUUCGGGCCGCGCGACACCGACAGCCCAGAUGCGGGGAUGGUGAACGCCGGCGAUAUCGAGAAAAUGCCCUCGGAGAAGGGUCGGUUGACUGUUGUUGAUGAGGAGAUGGUUGAUGCGGAGUUGAAAUUUGCGCAGGAGGCUAUUUUGCGCGCGCCGGAGAAUAUGAGUCCGUGGUCGUAUGCUAAGGGUGUACUUAGGGCGGCUGGACGGGGGCUGGAGGAGUGGGAGGGGUUUGCGGGAAAGUUUGUUGAAGGAGGGGGUGUUAAGAGUUCGCAUGCUGUUGAGUGGUUAGCGUGUGUUGUUGCUGAGAGGGGGGAGAAGGAGGAGGCUGUUAGGUUGUUCGGGAUGUUGGAGGAGGUUGAUCCUAUUCGGAAGAAUUAUUGGGGGUACCGGAUUAAGAGUGUGGAGGCGGCGGCUUGA